GCAGAACCGGGGUUGGUUUAUAUUCGGUUGGUGAGCCGAGCAGCUCCGUCUUAACGUAAUGAGAGAUUAGUUUGUGCUAUCACAAUACGUCUGUUCCACAAGUCCGGAACAUUUAGCCUUAAGUUACCUCGAUAUACAUUCCCUUAGCUGUAGCAUGUUGUAAUCGUCCCCUUACAUGCGGUUUGGUCUAUCAUCCCGACACAAAGCAGCAGACAUGGUAGAGCCAUCAACAUACAAGUUUACAUCCCUAGAAGAGGAGCUGGGCUUCUGGAAGGAGCAGGCAGAGGCUCAUCAGCAAAGGGCUGAUGAGGCUCAUUUGGAGCUGCAGGAAUUUCAACAGAUGAGUCGAGACUAUGAAGCAGAACUGGAAACGGAGCUGAAGCAGUGUGAGGGUCGAAACAAAGAGCUGCUCUUUGACAACAACCGACUCCGUAUUGAACUGGAAAAUAUAAAGGAGAAAUUCGAAACCCAGCAUUCUGAUGCUUUUAGGCACAUUUCUACCAUGGAGGAAGAGCUGGCCCAAACCAAAGCAGUGAGAGAUCACCUGCAGAAAUACAUCAGAGAGCUAGAACAGUCCAAUGACGACCUGGAGAGGACCAAAAGGGCCACCAUCAUGUCUCUGGAGGACUUUGAGCAGCGGAUGAACCAUGUCAUUGAGAGGAAUGCCUUUCUUGAAAGCGAGCUGGAUGAGAAAGAGAACCUGCUUGAGUCUGUUCAGAGGCUGAAGGAUGAAGCCAGAGACCUUCGGCAGGAGCUGGCUGUCCGUCAGAAGGAGAGGCGGCCGUCCAGCAGCCUGGGCAAAGACGGAGAUCGAGGAGAUCUGGCGUGUCCCUCAGCUGGUCUCACAUCCAUCCCCGUCACGCCCUCCAAACCUAUCAGCUCGUUUGCCACGCCGCCUGCUUCUAGUAUCCGACGAGGUGAUGGUCUAACAGGGACUCCCCUCACUACGUCUGCUAGAAUAUCUGCACUCAACAUUGUAGGAGAGCUGUUGAGAAAAGUCGGGAAUCUGGAGUCAAAGUUGGCGUCCUGUCGAGACUUUGUGUACGACACUUCUGUUAGCAGACCAGCACUUCCGGCGGGUCCUGGUAGCCCCUCUGCUUUAGAGGGAGGCCCCGAGGUCCAAGCUAGCAGCAUGAGCCCCCCUCCUCAGUACGACAGUUUAGUGAAGCGGUUAGAGUUCGGACCAGCUCCUCCGAGAGGCGUCUCUCAGGGCGCCCAGUCUCCGCAGGGAGGAGUCAAGAUUCUGCUAUGAGAGAAGAAGAAGGCGAACCCCUCCCUCCUUUCAUAAUACAGACCCCCCCCAUCCCAUCCCAUCCCCUCCUUCUUCAUCCUGAAUAAACUGCAGCAAAGGGACUUUGAACUGAACUGACUUCCCUUGUCGCCACGUGCCCUGCUGAACUAUUUUGAACAAGAAAGCCACUCUCCUUGCUCCGUGUCCUACAUAUUCAGCGCAUGGACUCUUGCUGCCUCAGGCUAGUAUCACUCCACAUCUAUCAUAGGAAGCAGCGUUACAGCUUGUGUAAGAUCAAAGAACGGAGAAACAACCGCUCACAAUAUAUCUUCUGCUGUAUCUUUGACACUGUGGUGAGUAGCAUCUAAAAAAACCCUUCUGUGUCUCCUGAUUUGCUUUCUGUGAUGGAUCAACAGGGCUGUAAAAGCAUUACUGCUCCUAGGAAACACAUUCAGGUUGUUUUUUCAGUGUUGAUCAUGAAAUAGAGACCCAAUAAGAGGCAGUAAGUACCAAUGACUGAUGGAGGGACCAAGAAACUGGAGCUUCAUUUAUAAAAAAGGUUUGAUCGUAGAAAUAUUAUGACCAAAGUUCAAACCAAAGCUUUGGUAGAUGAAAAAAAGGAUCAAAGAUAAAUGUAACGGGUAAGGGUUUUUAUUUUUAAAUAUGAUAUAGAGAUAUGAUAAAACUUAAAAGAAAACAAAUAGAGACUUGUUACUGAAUUAAUUAACUGUGGGCUUGAAUUAUGUAGCACUGUCGGGUGAGAAGGUGGUUUAAAUAAUUUUUAAUUUGUCUUCUAGAAGAGAGUCAAUAUUUUCCAAUGCUACAAAAUGUUUAGUUGCUGC